UAACAACCUUCAUAUACACACACACACACUCACACACAACUUUAAUUAGUUUAUGGACACAAUGAGCAGCGGAUUGAUUAACCCCACUAAUGUGUUAUUAGUUUCACUAAUGCUAGUCUUACUUAUUGUUCCCUUACAAGCUCAACUUCAAGUAGGAUUCUACUCAAGAUCAUGCACCAUGGCUGAGUUCAUUAUAAGAGAUGAAGUUACUAAAGCCUUUAUCCAAGACAGGGGGCUAGCGGCCGGCCUUGUCAGACUUCACUUUCAUGACUGUUUUGUACGGGGUUGUGAUGCAUCAGUUGUGAUAGACUCGACUCCCUCAAACAUAGCAGAGAAGGACUCCCCUGCAAACAACCCAAGCCUUCGAGGCUUUGAGGUCAUAGAUAAUGCAAAAGCUAGACUUGAAGCUGCAUGUCCAGGAGUUGUUUCUUGUGCUGAUAUUAUUGCUUUUGCAGCUAGAGACAGCAUCAUCCUAACAGGGGGGUUUGGAUAUAAUGUUCCGUCUGGCAGAAGAGACGGAAGAGUUUCACUAAUUGCAGAUACAAGGGCAUUGCCUCCUGCAACAGCUAAUCUCAACCAACUCACUCAAAUGUUUUCCACUCAUGGCUUGACUCAAGAAGAAAUGGUUACUCUUUCUGGAGCACAUACAAUUGGUCGAUCUCACUGUACUUCCAUUGAAAGCAGACUAUAUAGCUAUAAUACCACCAUGAACACGGACCCAAGCUUAGAUGCAUUUUAUGCAACUCAGCUAAUGCAACAAUGUCCUCAAGGUGAUAGAUCAGUGGAUUCAGUGGUGCCCAUCAACCCGGCUUCUCCAACCAUCACUGACGUUGGUUACUAUAUCGAUAUUUUGAAUAGUAGAGGUUUGUUCACGUCGGACCAGACUCUGCUCACAAGCACAUCAACAGCGGACCAAGUAACUCGUUACGCUAUCAACCCGUUGCUUUGGAAAACUAAGUUUGCAGCAGCAAUGGUGAAAAUGGGACAGAUUGGAGUACUCACAGCAACUCAAGGAGAAAUUCGGUUAAAUUGUCGUGUGAUCAACAACUAAUUCUAAGACCAUCCCUAAAA